GCUGACCCAACAGUUAAUUUCGCUGAAUUCUUAUAUGGCUAUUUGGAUGUAAAAUCACUAGGCAGAGGUCUAGACAUGGGACAGAUUACAGAUCUGAGUAAUAUUAAAAAAAACAAAACAAAUGACGAUUGCAUUCAACCCGAUAAAAUAACAGAAUUUAUCGAAGGGUUAUCAAUAAUUGAUGGCCAGCAUGAGAAAUGGGAAUUUGAAAGCUUUCAAAAAUAUGGCUUGGAGUUGCAAGAGCUGGUAGUUGUUUCAGCAGAAUACAACAAAACGGCCGACGAGAAACAAAGAAUCGUCAUUUCUAGCCCUAACGUAAGAGAAUUGGUAUCAUGGUUCGCUUUUUACGAUAAAAGCCAAGACGGUUUACUCAUUGGGGAAGAACUUGACGAUAUUGUGGCCAAGUAUUUCAAAGGAUAUACUGUUGACUCUAUCCUGAUUGACGCCAAUGACAAUGGUAGAAGGAACCAAUAAACCACUAUGUCACAAUCCGAAAAUCAAGCAGAAGAUAUUGAGAGCCAAUUUUUGAUCGAAUUAAAAAUAAUAAAACGGGAAGGUUUGCAACGGUUAAUCAGACAACGUAAAGCAGUGGUGAGCCAGGUUGUCCGUGGUUCAAUCAGAG